GCUGUUGCCAGGGGAACGGGCCCCGCGCCGGGUGAGGCCCAGCCUGCCUUGGCGUGGCACGGCUGCGGAGCCAGCCUGUCCGAACUAAGGCUGAAGGACUCGGAGGCCCAGCCGCGGUCCGGGAUGGAGCCACGCUCCGGGACGCGUCUCCUCCGGGUCCGGGGUACUGACUCUGCCCGGACGGUCUGAAGUGCGCCCGCCCUGGGGAGGGUGGACGGGCAGGACGGGGCCGAGCCGCUGGCUGACCUUGGCAGGCCGCAUCUGGCGCAGAUAGAGUCUCACCUUGUAACUCUGGUCGUCUUAGAACUUACAGUGUGUGGACCACAGAGAGCUUGCCUACCUCUGAGUUGUGGGAUUAAAGCUGGGUGUGGUGGCACAUGCCUGUAAUCCCAGUACUCAGAGGGAAGAGGCAGGCGGUUAAGACCAGCUAUGGCUACAUAAUGAACAUCUGCAACAAACCCUCCAACAAGACAGCCCCUGAGAAGAGCGUGUGGACAGCGCCCUCCCAGGACAGUGGCCCUUCCCCAGAACUGCAGGGCCAGCGGUCUCGCCGGAACGGAUGGAGCUGGCCCCCCCACCCGCUGCAGAUUGUGGCCUGGCUGCUCUACCUCUUCUUCGCUGUGAUUGGCUUUGGGGUGCUUGUUCCCCUCCUGCCUCACCCCUGGGUGCCUGCUGGCUAUGCCUGCAUGGGUGCCAUCUUUGCUGGCCACCUGGUGGUGCACCUGACUGCUGUCUCCAUCGAUCCAGCCGAUGCCAAUGUGCGGGACAAGAGCUAUUCUGGGCCCCUGCCCAUCUUCAACCGCAGCCAGCAUGCACAUGUCAUCGAGGACCUGCACUGUAACCUCUGCGACGUGGACGUGAGUGCGCGAUCCAAACACUGCAGCGCCUGUAACAAGUGCGUUUGCGGCUUCGACCAUCAUUGCAAGUGGCUCAACAACUGCGUGGGCGAGAGGAACUAUCGGCUCUUUCUACACAGUGUGGCAUCUGCUUUAUUGGGUGUUCUGCUCCUGGUGCUGGUGGCCACAUAUGUCUUCGUGGAGUUCUUUGUCAACCCCAUGCAGCUUCGUACCAACCAACACUUUGAAGUCUUGAAGAAUCACACAGAUGUGUGGUUUGUGUUCUUGCCUGCUGCCCCUGUGGAGACCCAGGCUCCUGCCAUCCUGGCCCUGGCUGCCCUACUCAUCCUCCUAGGCCUGCUUUCUACAGCCCUGCUCGGCCACCUGCUCUGCUUCCACAUUUAUCUAAUGUGGCACAAGCUUACCACCUAUGAGUACAUCGUGCAGCACCGCCCAGCCCAGGAAGCAAAGGAGACCCACAAGGAGCUUGAGUCGUGCCCCCGCAAGAUGCGGCCCAUUCAGGAGAUGGAGUUUUAUCUGAGGAACUUCAGCCAUGUACGUCCAGAGCCCUCUGGCCAGGCCAGGCCGGCAGCAUUAAAUGCCAAUCCUUCCCAGUUUCUUGCCACCCAAGGCCAAGUGGAACCACCACUGCCCUCCUCAGACACACUGGCUCUGCCGCCACGGAUCCAACCCCAGAAAAAAAGGAAGCGGCAUGUGUAUAGAUUGCCAAGGUCUGGGGUCUUGGACCUGGAGCCCCCGCUGCCCAGGUUACGGGAGACUGGGACCCCUGGCCGCCACUCCAGCUCUUCGUCGGGUUCCACCAGUGCCAGCCCAAGCGCCUACUACUCCGCAUCAGCCGAGUCCAUGGAAGAGAUUCCAGUGGCCCAGACACGCCUGGGCAGUGCCGCGCUGGGCGCCCCAGGAGCCAGGGGCCGAGAGUCUGGGCUGGCGCUGCAGGCACGUUCGCCGGCCGUGUUCGUGAGCCCGAGCAGCGGCGAGCCCGGGUCACCUGGCGGCGGUGAAGAUGGCCUGCCUUAGUGCGGACUAGAGGCAGGAGGGCCGUGUAGGAAUGGCCGGCCCCACUCUAUGCAACACCCCAUCUUUGCCGCACCGAAUGCGGGCCUCAAGGCCGGCAGGAUCGGCCUCCCUUGCCCAAUACUCAGCAAUAUCCGCUCCACCAGCCCUGAUGCUCCAAUAAACGUUUUUUUUA